GCUACGAGAGAAGUGUUUCUCUGUGUUUGAGAUAACAAACUGAAGUAACAUAUUUUCCAGCAAAAAAAGUGAAGUGAUCAAAUAGCCAUGUCGAGUACGGGCGCCGCUGUAGAUCCCCGAGAUAAGAUGAGGGCAAGAGACGUGAACAGGGUGGCCAGAGGUGAGCAAGCUCCUAGGCCGGUCCACGAAUAUGGCACCGUUUCGGCACCGCCUAGUCCUCAAUCCACCUCGCCACCUCCUGCUCGUAAAAUAGCUAACAAAGACAUGGCUCGCAAGGUGGCGGAGGGAGAGGAGGACGUAGCACCAAAAGCAAGCCACUGUUACGAUUCUUACGUUGAAUAUCAUAAGUGCAUUAAAGAAAAAGGCAAGGAUGCUCCCCAAUGUGACAAGUUGGCAAGGCAUUUCCGGUCACUAUGUCCCGAUGAAUGGAUUGAAAGAUGGGAUGAAGCGAGAGCGGUUGGAACCUUCCCUGCCAUAUGAAGACGAGAAUAUCAUUAUUACUACUUGCUUUGUUUUUUUACUUGAGAUGAUGUGGCUAACUAAUUACUAUCCUGUAAGAUUAGAUCAAUAUUAAAUUCGUUUCUUAAUCUUAA